GUGGCGGCGCUGCUGCGCGGUCGGGUGACGCAGAGCAAGAAACAUCCAAGAUGGCGACGCUGGUGGCGAACCUGGCUCGGGCCCGAGUCCUUCUGGCCAGAAACAUCGCAGAGAGAGGCCUCCCCGCCGCUCGCCAGGCCGUCCCCGUGCGCACCAAGAUCACCAACGCCGCCGGGGCGCUGCUACCGGAGCCCUACAACAUCCGCUUCGGGCUGGCUAAGGUGCUGCUUGUCUCCACCCCUUUCCUGUACCUCGGAGCAUGGAUCAGUAAAGAAGGAGCAGAGUUCCUGGAAGAGAACGACAUUUUUGUGCCAGACGAUGAUGAUGAUGACUAGAGACAAAAGAGCAGCUGGUUUCUGCAAGCUAAGGUAGAACCUCAAGGGCUUUCAGAACUGCCAUCAUCAGUUGCCAUGGAAACCGCUGCAUCCACCAAUCACCUUUCUGCUUCCUGUUGUCAUGGCAACUGCUGCACUGAAGUGAAUCUGCUGUGACAGAAUAUUAUGCUACUUGUACAAUAAUGCAGCAAGCAAUAGUAUUUGAUAAUGAAAGUACAUAGACAACUAUCAGUAACAUAUGGACUCUGCAUGUUGGAAAAGAGUUUGUUCUACAGUCUUUAAUGUGUUUGUAUCUAUCAGAGCGGAGAAGUGUAGAGUAGGUUUUAAUGUGAUGUUUUAACUGGUUAGUUUUAGAUUUUUAAGGGGUGGAGUUAGUGAAGUUUGUCACCUGUAAUAUCACACUUUAGGCC